AUGAGUUUCUGGCAAGAAAAUAAAGGCGCCUUCAAAAAAGCAGGCAUCGCUACCGCCAAAGGAAUCGGCAGUGGAACAAAGGCCCUAUCCAAAGCAGGCUACAACACCUACAAAAAGAACGAAGCCCAAAGAAAAGGGCUUCCUCCUCCGCAAUUGGAUCGCUCCAGUAGCGCGACAUCUGCCUCCGAGGUUGUAGUGCCUCCAAUGGAGCAACAAGACAUCGGGUCGUUUGCACCUCCACCAAGACGAAACGUGCCAACACGGGCUAUUCCGACCAAGGAGGAUGGCCAAACGAGGAGUGGUGCGCAGAGUUAUUCUCAACCAGUACAACCGGUGCAGCCAGUGCAGCCAGUACAACCGGUACAACCGGUACAGCCAGUGCAGUCAGUACAGUCAGUACAGCCAGUACAGCCAGGGCAAGUAGUUCAGCCAGGGCAGCCCCCAAAUUAUACAGAACAACCUCAAUUUGUACCUCAACUGAAUCCGGGUCAAUUGCAGGCAAACAUCACCCCCGUAGCCCAAACCGAACAAGUCAGACCUGUUCUUCCGGUGAGGCCCUCUCAGCAAUUUGCGCAGAGUCAGACACAACCCGUAGCCACCACUGUAGAGCCCGCAACUUCGGCUCCGCCACCUCCAGCUAGAGCACAAAACCUCCAGGAAGACUUGACCAAUCGGUUCUCCAGUGCGUUUUCUUCAGCGGUGACUCAGGCAACAACCCUGGCUAUCAAUCAAGGUGUCAAGGACGUUAAGGCAACCUAUUUUGGACAGCCACAGGAUAAUCAGACGCAACAACCCCAGCCUCAGCAGCUUCAGCAGUCACAGCAGCCACAAUCUGUUCAAUCUGUGCAAUCUGUUCAGCAACCUGCUCAGCCACUUCAACAACCCGUAGAACAACCCCCUCAAUCUUAUCAACAACCAGUUCAAACCUAUCAUCGGCCCGCACAACCACUUCAACAGCCAACUCAAACUUAUCAACAGCCAAGUCAAACUUAUCAACAGCCAACUCAGUCGUAUGAACAACCAGCACAACAACCAGCACCUUCAGUGACUGAGGCAACUCCUCAAACACAGGCACAGUCCCUGACACUCACUCCAAAACAAUUUGUGAUGCCUGCUCGCGCUCAUCAAGGGCCACUGUUUGUCAAGGCAGCGGAUGUCUCUACUUUCGCUCCUCCUCCCAUUCAUAUAGGAAUUCGGGAUCAAAAAAGUGCGGUUGGCUCUGCUAGCUCCGCAGGCUCUGCUUCAUUAUCUCUGGUUCCUGAUGGCACACAUUCGAGUGGAUCUACUGCCUCAAGACCAACACCAGGCAUUCCGGCAGCCGCUGCCUCUCAGCCUGCCGCUAACUCACCUGGUCCCGCCAUUCCGUCAAGAACCGCUGAAAGGCCAGUUCUGCGGGGCACCUCGACCACCAAGCAGGUUUAUGAGCACAAGCCAGUCAGUUACAAAGAGCUCGAUAUGUCUGCUUUGGGACCUCCGCCACCGAAGCCAUUUAGAGCUGGCGGUGCUUCUCCUUCACAUAGUCCUACUAUCGAUCAUCCCUCAGUGGCUCCGCCGCAGUACAGCCCUUCCAUUGAGAGUUCUAAUCCCGAAAUAACAAGAGCAAGUGGUCCUGUCCCAUCAUUGCCUAGUCGGGCUUCGGGUCUGUCUCAGCUUGCUGUAAAAGAAACUGCAGUAUUACCCGAAUCCAUCAAACAAAAGAAGCAGCCGCCUCCAAAGCCUGCAAAGUUGAAGUCAGUUCCAAGGCCAGAAUCGAAGGAACACAGUCCCGAAGUGUUGGUUGCGCAUAAGGUGAGCCGAUCAGGACCUAAUUUUGCAUUGGAGAUAGCCAAUAGAAAGUUAAAACAUGUCGAUCAAUCCGAGAAAUCCUUGGAAUCAGAGAACUCAAAAGCUGAGCCUGGUAUAUCUCCUGGACUAGAAACAGUGAAGACUCUUGCGAAAGGAGGUCAUGAAAAGCCAGCUAAACCUGUUAAGCCGCAGAAGCCACAAAAGCCUACAAAGGUCUUUGCCGAGAAAAACUUGGAUACUAGCUCUGAUAUGAAGGUAAUCUCUCCACAAAUUGUUGAGGAACCCAUUGUUAAAAAGUUACCACCUCCUAAACCACAAAAAUUGACUGUUCCCGUUCAAAACUCUUCAAUUAAUGGUUUCGAAGCUACCCAACAUACAGAAGUUCCGGCACCUGUUGCAAGAGCUGUGCCUCCUCCACCUCCAGCAAGAUCCCCUCGCAACUCGACCCCUUCAAAUGCCUCACCAACUCCACCUCCAAUUCCAGCCUCAAGAAAUUACGUCCGGAAGGCAGCUCCAAUUCCUCGGGCUGGAGACCUGUCAACUCCUGAGCCGGCACCGCCUGGUCCACCUGAUUUUAACCUUGAACUAACUUCUGGGUGGUAUGCCAAUGUCAAUUCAGGUCUUGACCUACCUGCUGACUUGCAAGGGCUAGCCUACAGCACAUCCUAUCAAUAUAGCAGUAUGGGAGGUGUUUUCACCGAUCACACGAGAAUGAUCACAAUCACCAUCAAGGAUUUGUCAAAGGUAACAUACGAGAUAAAGUGGAAGAACAAUGACUAUCAAAGAACAACUGCCCGUGUGGCCGAGUUCAAACCUUCCCCUAUAGACACAAAAAUUCCGACUAAACAGCAACUUCUUCAGUACAGUGAACAAUUUGGAAAUCAUAUAGUGGCGUGGUGUCUUCAUCGUGAGGGUCAACAAGUCGGGCUGGGAGAAUGCUGGGAUUUGGCCCACGAUGCUUUGCAGAAAGGCUGUGGAAACCACGCCUUCGUCUCGACUUACUAUCACCAUGGCUACCCAAUCCUAGAAUUACAUGGAAAAGCACUAUACCGUGGCCCAGAAGAUGAGGUACGCAAGGGUGACAUUUUGCAAUUCACCACUGCUGUUCUUGAGGACAAGUCUUCCGGUUCAAGACAAACAGCCGGAGAUCCGAACCACACUGCAGUUGUCAUUGACAAAUUAGGUGACAGGAUUCUUGUUGCAGAACAAAACGUGCAAGGCGUCCGUGUUGUGAGACGAGGUGAAUACAACUUGUCUCACUUGGUACAAGGCUCUGUGGUAGUUUAUAGACCAAUUGUUGCAGACUGGGCGGAGUAA